AUAUCGAUAGAUCGGAGCGGCCGGCAGCGCGUCUACGAGUUCGUCCGUAUCGCGUCUUCGAAAGUCGAAACGGCAGCGGUUUUGUUUUCUUCGGAGCGGCCCGGUCGAUUCUUCAACAACCGCGAUCUCGUCUACGGAUGCGGGAUUUCUUUGUUGGCCAACCGUUAAAAUGAGCCUGAGCGUGGCACCGAGGAUGGCCAGGGGGCGAGGACGAGGGAUGGGCGGCCGUGGGAUCGGCGGCAGAGGCGGCGUCCCGUUCAAAGUGCAGAAAUUCGUGCCCAGGCAUCCUUUUGACAUGGUCCUAUGCGAACCCCAGUUUCCAAGAGUCAAACCCGCAGUAAAUGACGAACUCUUCACUCAAGCAUUGCUUAAGAGAAACACUGAUCUCACUCCUACUCCACAAGAACAAGCAGCCGUUCUUAACAUAGUAACUAAAAUUCAAGCGGUCUUUGAUAAUCUAAUUGUUGCGCCUGGAAAUUUUGACGCAUGUCAAGUAGAUGAAUCAAGACAAGUCGGUUCGUUCAAGAAAGGCACAAUGUUGACUGGGAAAAAUGUCGCAGAUAUUGUUGUAAUAUUAAAAACCCUUCCGACAAAAGAAUGUGUGUGUGCUUUGGGAAACAGAGUUGUUGAAGAUCUCAAGGCAUCAAACCCUAAAGAAGUAUUAGACAUGUCAGUCACAGAACAGGGCUUUGAUAUAAGAGCUCCGGAAGCAACGGUUAGGGUGUUAGUUACAACCGUUCACCAAAAUCUAAGAAAGCUCGAUCCUGAACUUCAUAUGGACUACAAGAUUUUGCAAAGGCAUCUUGCAGCCAUUCGGCACAGUCGAUGGUUUGAAGAAAAUGCGCAGCAUUCUACUGUGAAAGUUCUUAUUCGACUUCUGAGAGAUUUGAGAAACAGAUUUGAAGGAUUUGAGCCUCUAAAUCCUUGGAUAUUAGAUCUACUGGCGCACAGUUCGAUUAUGAAUAAUCCGAGUAGGCAGGCACUUCCUGUUAAUGUUGCGUUCAGGCGAGUGUUGCAGCUUUUGGCAUCAGGGCUGUUUCUUCCAGGAUCUUCCAGUAUUACUGACCCCUUUGAAACAAACAAUAUAAGAAUUCAUACAUCGUUAAGUUUAGAACAGCAAGAUGUUGUUUGCCUUACUGCUCAGACGUUGAUAAGAAUACUCGCCGUCGCUGGUUUUAAGCCUAUUUUAGACGGAGAUGGAAGUUUAAUAACAGAGACGAGCGAAUGGGGAGGUGUCGUCAUUUCUCCUCUUGAUAAGGCGUACGAAAAACCCCCUGAGAGCAAACAGGACGAACAAGGAGGUGGUGGUGAAGGCGAGGAAAUGGAAGAGUCAGAAAUCCCCGGUGAAGACCAAAUGGAAACUACUGACCAUUAGAGCAUAUUAAGCAUUUUUUAAGCAUUUUCAUUCUUAAUUUUAUAUUACAACCAUGUUCAAUUUGUAUUUAUCAAUACAAAAAUAUAGCUGUUCGUUUUGUAAAAUAGUUGUAAAACUUUGAUAAAAGUGUGUUCUUUUAGGAAUUUUUGAGUGUAUAUAAGAUAUCUUGACUCAAACGGUUCAUCUUUUUAAGUCUGUCUCUCUUAUUUAUAUUUUUAAAAAAGUAUCUUUUGAAACAAAUAAUAAAAAUUCAGAUUGGUCAAAAAGAAGGAUCCAAGACAGACAAUUUUUUAUGUUUUAAAUUUAAUUUAAUUUAAAGAAUUGUUCUCCGCAGAAUACAUAGGAAUAAAUGUACAAAAUAAUAAAUAUUUAUACUGAAUAUAUAAUUAGACUUA